AUGGGUGCUUUAGUAUCCCUUCCCAUCAAUGUCGGGGUUACUUUUGUUUCUUCUUGCUUGGGAUCCUGCUGUUCCUCAGCUAUGAACAAAACCUUCAGUUCAAUAAGCAAUGCCAACUCCUCUUUCGCAACAAGAAUGCUGUAUGCUGUGUGGCUUCUUUUUAAUUCGUUGAUAUCAUGGAUAGCGAUGUCAUCUAACCACUCCUUACUAUGGCCUGGUAAAACUUGUACAGAGUCUGGAGAGUGUGGCUUUUUCACUGUCCAUAGAUUGAACUUCUCGCUGGGCAUAAUGCAUUUGAUACUAGCAGCAGCGCUCAUAAACGUGAAAUCAACAAGGGAUCCAAGGGCAAAAAUGCAGAACAGUUGGUGGUGGUUGAAAGUGAUUAUAUAUCUACUGUUUAUUAUUUUGUCCUUCACUAUUCCCAAUGAAUUUUACAUUUUCUUCUCGAAAUGGGUUAGUCUUCCUAGUGGAACGCUAUUUAUAUUAACUGGUUUGGUCCUUCUAGUGGAUUUUGCACAUGAAUGGGCUGAAACCUGUAUUCAACAUGUUGAAUUAGAGGACGAAGAUUCAGGGUUUUGGCAAAAGUUUUUAAUUAUCGGGACUGCCUUCAUGUAUGCGUCUGCGCUCGCCAUGAAUAUUACCAUGUUUGUACUCUUUUGUCGCGAUAAAUGUAAGAUAAACAAUGUGGCUCUUGCAAUCAAUAUUAUAUUACAUAUUAUCACCUCUGUGGCUUCCGUUCAUCCCUCUGUACAGGAAUACAAUCCAAAAUGUGGAUUUGCACAAAGUGCUAUGGUUGGCGUAUAUUGUACAUACCUAACAAUGAGUGCAAUGGCUUCGGAACCAGAUGAUAAACAAUGUAAUCCAUUGAUUAGAUCCAGCGGUACUCGUAAAGCCUCUGUAAUUCUGGGGUCAAUAUUCACCUUUGUUGCAAUUGCUUAUACAACCACAAGAGCGGCUGCAAAUUCAGCCUUCCAGAUUGAAUCUAAUAGAGCACUUUAUUUAGCUGGUGAUGAUAUUAUGGAAUACGAAGGCAUCACGCAAUCGAGGCAUCAAUUGAGACAAGAAGCUGUCAGAAAAGCUGUUCAAGAAGGUUCACUCCCGGAAAGCGUUUUAUCCGAUAAUCAAUGGACAGAAACAGACAUUGAUUCUGAGACAGGUGACGCCUACAUUGACGAUGAAAAGUAUUCUACAAAGUAUAACUAUUCUCUGUUUCAUAUAAUAUUUUUCUUGGCCACCCAGUGGAUAGCAAUUCUAUUGACUAUAAAUAUCAAUCAGGAUGAUAUGGAUGAUUUUAUACCCGUAGGAAGGACCUAUUUCUAUUCUUGGGUCAAGAUAAUUAGUGCAUGGAUUUGUUACGUUUUAUAUGGUUGGAGUUUAAUUGCCCCAAUGGUGAUGCCAGAAAGGUUUGAAAACGAGUUUUAUUAA